AUGAGCGAUGCCAGUGACAAAUUAAUGCCCGGCCCAGAGGGGAAAACGCCUAGAUUUUAUGAGGUUGAUAAAGGCCACAAAACGGAAAGUUAUUUGACGGCGAUACACGGGAAUCCCAUUCCACCACAGCCGUCCUCAUCAAAUCCAGCGAAUCCAAUAAGAUAUGAUCCGGUUGGCGAAAAAGUUGAUCUUGGUGGUGAAGGGUCGGUAAAGCCUCGUGAAAACAAUCGAAUCGGAUUGACUGAACAAGAUCUUAGUGCUUAUCGAAAUGAUCCCUUUUGGAAAGGAUUACGAUGGUUGCUAUUCGUUUUAUUCUGGUUACUGUGGUUGGGGAUGUUCAUCUUAGCGAUUCUUCUCGUCUGCUUCUCACCCGGUUGUGCCCUUUCAAUCCGACCAUCAUGGUGGCAAACGGCAAUUGCGUACAAUAUCUGGGUUCCUUCAUUCCAAGACUCGGACGGGGAUGGACUCGGCGACUUCGAGGGACUCAUCUCAAGACUUGACAAUUUGAGAAAAACCGGCGUUCAAACAAUUUGGCCGUCUCCAUUCCUUUUAUCGGACGAUUUCUCGAAUGCCAUCCGUGACCAUAAAGCGAUCGACUCGAAAUUGGGAGUGAAUGAAGUGGCCGACAAGUUCAUCGACUAUUGCAAAUAUCAUGAUCUCCGUCUUGUCAUCAGCAUCCCCCUUGCAACGACAUCAACUCAACACGAUUGGUUUCUCAAAUCAGCCUCGGCAAGCUUACCCGACAAUCGAAACUACAGUAAUUUCUACUAUUGGUUGAAUAAACGACCGUCAAAUCCGGCAGCCAUGUUCGCAGUGCACAAAAAUGUGACCUACGUUCACGAGGUUGAUCAGCCGAAAGCAGCGAUUUUAAAUUGGGGAAAUAAUAAUGUUCGAGAGCAUAUGUUUGGUGUUCUUUCAUCGUGGAUUGAUCGGGGUGUCGAUGGAUUUCAUCUAACAACCGUCGAAUAUUUAGCUAGAAAUGCUGACUUCUCGAAACCGGAUUGGAAAUCGAUUUACGAUAUUCUGAAAGACGUGCGCAAACACGUGGACACUUAUGCAAAUGAGAGUCGAUUGGGAAAGAAAAUAGCGAUAUUCAUGCGAGCCGAGGGUGCUGAAGAGAAGCUGAAGAGUUCUUUGGCUGAAACCGGGCUUGACACCAUUGUCAACUAUGAGCUCACCAAUGUGGAAAAGAAUACGAAAGUUUGCCAUAUAAGCGAGGAGACGGUGGCCAGUUGUGCGCAUGAGAUUCUAUCCGAUGUCCUUCUCUUUCACUCCCUCAAACCAAAUGUUUGGCCACAUUGGGAGCUAUCGAACGGUUUCGUGUCUCGUUUAUCAGCUCGAGCUGGCUCAAGAUCUCAUGCCGAGCUACUCAUUCUUCUACAAUUGAUGCUACCAGGGACAAAUUCUUUUUAUUAUGGUGAAGAGAUUGGGAUGAGAGAUUUACAAAAUGAUACACGGGUGAUGGUACAACGAGGAGCGAUGCAAUGGGAUUCAUCACUUAAUGCCGGCUUUUCCACCUCACAAAACUCCAAAAUACCCGUUCAUCCCGAUUUUGUUAAUGUCAAUUGGCAGAAUCAAUGGAAAGAUGAGAAAUCACCGCUAAAAAUGUUCAGUAAAUUGGCGAAAUUGAGGCAAAGAGAUGAGACGAUUAUGCAAGGUGAAACCCUAAUCAGCUCUCUGAUCGAUCAUCACGCUUUCACACUUACCCGUUUCCCUUCAUCGGAAGCUACUAUUGCUGGACAGAUCUAUGUUUGUGCUGUAAAUUUUGGAAAAUCGACAUCAAUUCUCCCUUUGGAAAGCCUUCCACAUCAUGGAUCACUUGAGAAAGUUCAGAUUGUUGUCGCUACUUCAAAUUCGAUUGAAUGGCGAUCGCGUAAUUUGUUGAAUCUCUCCGAAAAGACUCUCGCACUUCCAUCCGAUACAGGAAUCGUCUUCAAAUAUUCUCCUCCACCCACUAAACCAUUAACUGAUCAU